AUGUUUUCACGGAACAAGGAGCUCUCGCACAUGUCGUCCCUCUCGGGGCUGCGGACGCGCUUCAAGAACAGCAUGUCCUCGUCCGCCAAGAUCCGCAGCUCCGAGGGCUGCUGGACCUGUCGCCUGCGCCGCAAGAAGUGCGACGAGGUCCGUCCCGUCUGCGACGGCUGCGCCCAGCUCGAAAUCACCUGCUACUACAGCGAGACCAAGCCCGACUGGAUGGACGGCGGCGAGCGCCAGAAGGAGAUGGCCGACAACCUCAAGAAGCAGGUCAAGAUCCAGGCCAACAACCGCCGUGAGCGCAAGUACCUGCAGAGCCUCGACGUCGACGGCAACCUCAUUGGCGGUUCCGAGGACGGCGAUCACGGCAUGCCUCCCGUCCCGGCGCUGAGUGCCGAUGGCGGCUCGUCCAAGGCGACCGAGUCCAAUAGCCCGUCGACGGUGAACGACACGCCCGGCGACUCGUCCAGCCCGCCCUUCCACAUGGGCUCCGUCAAGUCGUCCAUCCACGAAAUCGCGACCGGCGGCUCGCCGGAUCAGAUGCGCCAACUAACCCCGGAAUGGACUAACCACUCCAGUCCUCCGGCCGCUGCGGCAUCGGUUCCCACACUCACCACCCUCCCGGCCUCUCACCCCUCCGUGCCCAUCUCGGCCGACCAGGCCAACCCAACGCCCCCGUUCGCCGACGGCUCUAACCUCAGCUUCAUCAUGAUUUACCUCGACUACGUCUUCCCCUUCCUCUUCCCCUUCUACAAGCCCGCCCUGCUCGAGGGCGGUCGCGGCUGGCUGCUCAACGUCCUCAACCACAACAAGGCCCUCUACCACACAGCCCUCGGCCUCUCGUCGCACUUUUUCGGCGUCGUCCUCACCGGCGCCCAGGUCGAGCACGCCCCCUGCCGCAUGAAGUCCGUCGCCAGCCUGCAGCACCAGCUCGACCUCGCCCUGCGCGAGCUCCGCGCCGACAUGGCCCGCAUCAACGAGGGCGGCGUCGAGGACCAGCUCCGCCAGGGCUGCCGCGUGCUCGAGAGCAUCGUCCAGCUGCUCAUCUUCGACGUCACCCUCGCCUCCACCAGCCACUGGCACAUGCAUCUCGACGCCGCCACCGUCGUCUUCCAGCAGAUCCUACCGCAGCCCGACCACUGGGACCCCACCAUGCAGCACAUGGCCAUCCCCAUGUUCUCCGGCGUCGACUUCCCCCCCGGCUCCCACAAGCCGUGGAGCUCCGACCAGGCCGCCCUGCGCUUCUUCACCGCGUCGCUGCUCUACUUCGACAUCAUCUCCGCCACCGCCCUCGAGCGCCCGCCCACCCUGCAAGCCUACCACCGCCACCUCCUCUCCCCCCGCAAGGAGGAGUGCCUCGAGCUCGAGCCCCGCCUGCGCCUGGAGGAGUACUUUGGCUGCCAGAGCUGGGUCCUCAUGCUCAUCGGCGAGAUCGCCGCCCUCGACGCCUGGAAGAAGGAGACCCGCCGCGCCGGCUCCCUCUCCAUGACGCACCUCGUCUCGCGCGCCGCGUGCCUCGAGCUCGCCCUCCGCGAGGGCCUCGCCUGCAUGGACAACCAGUGCCCGCAGCUCUUGGGCUCCGACGAGCUCACCUCGUGCGCCGGCGCCUGCAGCAUGAUGGACUACCCGCCGCCGCACCCGACCCACGCCGACACCACGCGGCUGCCCCCGGACCCGCUGACGCUGUACCAGCACCAGCAGACGCGGGACUCGGUCGAGGCCUCCAAGAUCCAGACAAAGAUCUGGGCCUACGCCGCGCUGACGUACCUCUCGACCGUCGUCUCCGGGUGGCAGCCCUCGUGCCCGGAGACCAUGACGAGCGUGCAGGCGACGCUGGACCUGCUCAACUCGCUGCACAGCCCCGUGUGCCUGCGGACCGCCGUGUGGCCCUUCUGCGUCAUCGGGUGUCUCGCGGACCCUUGCCAGGAGCACAUGUUCCGCGAAAUGGUCGGCAAGAUGGGCCCGCUCGAGGUCUUUGGGUCCAUCAAGGCCGCGCUCGGCGUCAUGGAGAACGUCUGGGCUAAGCGGGACACCAUUGACGAGAGCUGGGACCUCGCCGCUUGCUUCAAGGUUCUUGGCCACGCCGUGCUCCUGACUUGA